CGCGACGCCGCAAGAAGAGCUGCCGUCACCUGGUUUUGCGGUCGUGAGCAAACACUCAUCGUCGACUCGAGCUGCCACUGCUAGAGACGAGCCAAAGACUUCCAGCGCGGACAGUACUACUUGAAUACUACGAAGUUCACCGGCUGGAGCAUUUUAUAAAGCAUUCCACCGAAACUUUCGCCACUGCCAAACAUCCACUCCCACGACCUUGCUCAGCUCAAUUCCAACAGCCCACGUCUCGAACCCGGCGGCUCUCUGCUUUCUUCCAUUUUUUACGCACCGCCUCCAGUGGGUCUGCUUCACCUUCUACAAGUAACUGCUGACGCAAAUCCAUAAGCUCUAGCUUGUCGGAGAACAGAAGAAGCCAUGGCGAGCUCCAAAGGACAGCUGGCAGCGGCGAUGAUGGUCUGCCACGUGGCACUCCUGGCAGCCUCCAUGGUGUCUGCGGCUGAUCCUGCUUGGUACCCAGGGCCAAAGUUUCAAGUCAACGCCAACUCCGAGGCCGUGAACACGUUCGUCGGUCAGGUCGCCCCCAGCGGCCAGAACCAGCUCACGGGAACCGUCCGAAUGGACGAGAACGGUUACUUCAUCAACGCCCAGAACCAGCAGGUUAAGGACUUAACCAUCGUUUACGGCCCGGAGGAUCCCACCGACUCCAUUGAGAUUGGGGACUUUGGCCCGGGCGCAACCAAGUAUGUUCAGGAUCCGUCCAUGGAGGGCGGAUUUGCGACCGGGUUAAACAUCCAGCUGAACGCCAAACCCGGGUACCACUUCGUGGCGGUCUCCUUCGGCGUGGCGAUCAGCACCUACGGAACGUACGACGACGCGUUCUUCGUGGACGGCCUGGGCUCGAGCACGGUCGGCAGCGGCAAGAUCACGGUCACCUCCAUCUACUCGUUCUUCGCCGAGGGCAAGUUCGUGGCGACCAACAUAUACACGCCGCAGAUCACGAUUGUGCCCAACCACGCCGUCCCCGCCGCCCGGUUCGUGCUGGACAACGUGGAGUACGUCCUAGAGCGCGAUUAGGAGCGCAAAUAGAUACCGUUUGUGCAGAAGAGCCCAGUAUGUGUGGCUUGGCGAACCUGGAAAAGUACUGAAGAGUAUGUAGAAAAAGUUGUAAGAGUGUUAUGAAUGACAGAACACCGAGCGUUAGGGAGUGUGACUGACGGGAAAGACAGCGGAAUAACUAGAGCGGACCGGUCAAUCGGUGUAACCGACUCUCGACGGCCGGACUGCAAAGUUUUGACAGAUGAGAUGCCCUCUUGUUACUAAACUAAGCGCCACCCCGGCAAAUAGGUUGUUCUGAUUUAUGAUCAAACCAUAGGGAUAGAAAUCAGCUUACACAGAAUCCGUCAGUUUUGUUGACAAAGAGAGGAUUGUACGGUCGAUGAGAAGUCAUAGUAACUGCGAUGACAGUAGAUGAAGUACAGAUAAAGGUGGAACGGAAACGAAGCAGUGAUCUUGUAUUUACUAGCUUUUUCAGCUUUCUAAGUUAAGCACUUCAAAAUGAUAUCGGCAGGAUUGCAACCUUGCAAAUGAUGAUCAAUAUGUACAAAGG